UUGUUCGUCUUCCUCUCAUCUAAUGGUGGUGAUAAAAGGCUCUACAAUCUACUCAUAGAGCUACCAGGAUGCAUUGUCCCUGUUUAAAUAGCAGUUUAUUUCUUAUUACUCGAGCGUUUUUUAUUUCUAUUCGAUUAUUGUGAAGAUACAACCCUGAACUUUCGAAGAUAAAGAUCGUUAAAAUUCUUUUUUUUUUAGGGGCAAAGAUACCUAGCCAAUGCAUGUUCUUCGUCCGUUGGUCUUCUUAUUAAUAACGCCUUGCUCUCUGUCUGUUGAGUCUCAUUCUGCAGUCUAUCAAAUUAAAUGCAUAUAUCCCAUGUUUUUUUUUGCUGGAGAUUUCCCUUUCCUGUCUUUUUUUCAUAAUUUUUUACACUCUUCUUUUCUACAAAUAUCUGGUUUUGUGUUAAUAAAGCUAUUGAGUCGAUUAGACUAGCUAGUGUAUCUGAGUAAAUCUUUUUUUUCCCCUAAUGGAAGAAGAUAUUGUAGUCUUCUUCUUCUUUCCUUUUCUUGCUUAGGCUUCUUUUGUAGAUUGGCAUUAAUGUUUGAGUAGAUCUAGUUUCUUGUCUUACCCUGACCUGCUACUUCUGUUGCCAUUUACAAUCUUAAUAGUGUUUUUAGCCAUCUUUUAAGAGUGAAAGUUUUAAACAUUUUUAUGGAAUAUUUAUCCUUUCCUGUGUUCAUUUGUUUGAGGCAUAAUUAAGGAUACGAAACUUAGUGUCAAAAAGUUGGAUAAAUGUCUCUAAUGCUCCAUUUCUAGUGCUCAAUUGAUUUUGAUGAAUGAAGCAGCCAAAUCAUGGAAUUUGACAGUAAAUAAAUGCUAGCAAAAGUAGAAUGUUUCAGCUAAAACAAGCCUUAUUUUGGAUGUGAGACUGGAGUAGCAAAAUUAUAUUUAUGAUUUGUUUCAACACUUCUGCACUAGAUUUCUACUUAAUUCACAAUAAAACGAUCUGUUGAAACAAUCUUUGUAGGAUCCUACUUGGUAUCACUUCCUCUAUGCUUCAGUGAUAUCAUGGGGGCGUGUGUAUCAAAAUCAAAUUGUAGGUCCAGAAGGAGGUCGGGCUGCCACUGGUUCAGAAGAUCCCGCAGAAUGAUUUUGGCUUCGAUUCCUGAUGCCAGGAAAGCUCGGAUUUGGGAUGAUGAAAAUCACUCUGUUCAAAUUGAAACCUCUUCGAAAAACAGAAAAUCUGAGUUCUCUAAUAUGAUAGUCCAUCUCACUCAGUUGCAGUGGCAUCACACUCAGAUGGAUGCUAGUGUGAUCUGCCAGGAAGAUGCAUGGUUUGAUUCUGUCAGUAUCUUGGAAUCUGAUUCUGAUGAUGAUUUCUCAAGUGUUCAUGGAGAUUGUAUUCCAUCAGCAAAUGCAACAGUGGCUCAGCCAUUGCAGUAUGAAAAUGCUUCAUGUUGUAUGGAGGAUGUUUGUCUUAGCACUCCGUUGACAGUCGUUCCUACAAUCAACUGUUUUCCAGCUGAUAGAUUGGUGAAUUCUUGCAGAAGUUUUCGCGAGCUUCCUAGUAAGGUUGAGGAAGCUAGAGAUAGAGCUCAAGGAGCAGACAUUUACACCAAAAAGAAAAAGGGUUUAAAUGAAUCAUAUGGUGGUUUGAAAGGCUCCAAAGAGGUACAUGAGACGGAUGACAAAUCUCAUGUCAACAAGGCUUCAUUGCACAUCUGCAACUUGGUCCCUUCUGUUUGUUUUAAUAAUAAAGUUCAACAGAUGCCAAAUGCUAGUCCACCAUGUCAAAAGAAAAGAUCAGCAGUUAUCAGGCUUUCUUAUAAGAGAAAGUCUUAUGAUGGAGAAGAGAUAACUGAGUUCUGUGCAUCAAAUAAAUUCCUUUGUCGACCAAAAGGAGGGAUAGUCGUUCCACGUUCCCCAGGGGAGAAAUCAAUGCCUGGAUGCUGGUCCUUCCUCGAACCAUCUACCUUUAAACUUCGCGGCCAGAAUUACUUCAGAGAUAAGAGGAAGCUUCCUGCACCAAACUAUGCACCAUAUUAUCCGGUUGGUGUCGACUUGUUUUUAUGUCCUCGAAAGAUGCAUCACAUUGCUCAACAUAUUGAACUUCCAUCAGUUAAGCCUCAUGAAAAAGUCCCCUCACUCCUUAUUGUCAAUAUUCAGAUGCCAACUUAUCCGGCUGCAAUGUUUCUUGGUGAUAGUGAUGGGGAAGGAAUGAGCCUUGUAUUGUAUUUUAAGAUUUCUGAAUGUUUUGACAAAGAAAUUUCUUCUAGUUUCCAGGAUUUGUUAAAGAGGUUUAUUGAUGAUGAAACUGAAAAGGUUAAAGGAAUUGCGAUCGAUUCAAGCAUUCCUUUCCGGGAGAGAUUGAAAAUAGUGGCUGGGGUGGUUAAUCCUGAGGAUCUUCUUCUGAGUGCAACAGAAAGGAAGCUGGUUCAAGCAUAUAAUGAAAAACCAGUGCUCUCGCGCCCUCAACACAGUUUUUACUCGGGUACAAAUUACUUUGAGAUUGAUCUUGAUAUACAUCGCUUUAGCUACAUAUCGCGAAAGGGUCUUGAAGCGUUUCGGGAACGUUUAAAACAUGGAAUCCUUGAUCUAGGACUGACCAUCCAGGCCCAAAAACAGGAUGAGCUGCCGGAGCAUGUCCUCUGCUGCUUGAGACUGAACAAGAUCGAUUUCGUUAAUCAUGGCCAGAUUCCAACUAUUAUCUCGCGCGAGGAUGAUUGAUUGUUUGAUCUUUGAAAGGGCACAAUGCUUUAGAGCAAAUAACUGUUUGUAUCAGAGCAGGGCAAAUUCCAUGCCUUCAUUGUGAAGGCUACCUGCAACGUUCACAAAUUGUCAAUUUGACACACAUGUAGUAGUAGUAGUAGUAGUAGUAGUAGUAGUAGAAGAGGGGAAAAAAGAGAGAAAAAGGUUGUAAAACAUCCUAUGAAGUCAUUCCAAAAUUCGUUUUUUGGUUCAUCGUAUUCAUAGUUAUUUUAAAAUUGCACUGUA